UUUUAUAACAGCAUACAUGUUCAAUCAAUCUCCUAUAUGACCACAGUUUUUGGGUCUACCAGUCUUUGUUUUAAACUCAUUUCAAUUCAGUUGCCUUCUUCCACAACUCCUUUGUUUUGAACCAGAAGAACAACUACUACAAAUUUGGGUGACUUGGAGAGGAUGGGUAAUCUAUUGUGCUACUGCUACGUACAAGUGAACCAAUCGAAAGUUGCUAAUAUCACCCUUAAGGUUCAGCAGCUGGAUGUGAAAUGCGAGAUUAAGACAAAGGAUAAUGUAUUUGUGAAUGUUGUUGCAUCCAUACAAUAUCGAGCUUUAGGGGAGAAGGCAAGUGAUGCAUUCUACAAACUGAGCAAUACAAGGGGCCAAAUUCAAGCCUAUGUUUUUGAUGUAGUCAGAGCUAGUGUUCCAAAGCUCAUUUUGGAUGAUGUUUUCGAGCAAAAGAAUGAUAUUGCUAGAGCAGUUGAAGAAGAACUUGAAAAGGCUAUGUCUACCUAUGGACAUAAGAUUAUGCAAACGCUCAUUGUUGAUAUAGAACCAGAUUUGAAAGUUAACCGGGGAAUGAACAAUGCUGCUGCAGGGCUAAGGUUGGCAGCAACAGACAAGGCAGAGGCUAAGAAGAUUUUACAGAUUAAGAGACCAGAGACUAAGAAUAUUUUACUGAUUAAGAGAGCCGAGGGGAAGGCUGGAUCUAAAUACCUCUCUGGACCGGGAAUUGCUCGGAAGGGUCAAGUCAUUGUUGAUGGUCUCAGAAACAGCGCAAUACGGAUCUCAGUUAAUGUUCCCGCCGGGACCUCUGUCAAAGUAACAGGCAAUGGCCUCAGAAACAGCGCAAUAGGGAUCUCAGUUAAUGUUCCCGCCGGGACCUCUGCCAAAGUAACAUGCAAUGGCCUCAGAAACAGUGCAGUAGGGAUCUCAGUUAAUGUUCCCGGGACCUCUGUCAAAGUAACACGACACUUUGACACAAUGAAGGAAAUUGAUGCAUCCUCUAAAUCUUCUGCAGUGUUAAUCCCUCAUGAGCCUGGUGCUGUUGGUGACGUGGUAACCCAAAUUCGUGAUGGACUACUUCAGGAAUGUUCUGCUCACAUGCCGUAAAUGAUGACUUGGUUCCCCAGCUCUAGUCGCAUUCACCUCAAACUGCAGCAACCAAAGGGAUACCUUUUCUUUUUUAGUAUUUAAAUGCACUGUGUGUAUAUAUUCAUGUUUCCUUUCAUCAACACUUUGAUUAUCGUGGCCAUUAGAUGCGCAGCGCAAUCUAUAUAUUAUGUUUGCAUUUUGGGAUUAAUUAUGUGACUGAAAGUACUAUCGUACUGAUUUAAGUAACAUGGAUUGGUUUAUGAUUAAUUCAA